AUGGGUGUCCCAGCACUUUUCCGCUGGCUCAGCCAAAAAUACCCGAAGAUUGUGAGCGGAGUAAUUGAAGAGCAACCUCGCGAAAUUGACGGCGUCCAAAUACCGGUCGAUACUAGGGGUCCCAAUCCCAACGGCGAAGAAUUCGAUAAUUUGUAUCUAGAUAUGAACGGUAUUGUCCAUCCAUGUUCGCAUCCAGAAGAUAGGCCUCCACCGAAGGAUGAAGAGGAAAUGAUGUUGGAGAUAUUUAAAUAUACCGAUCGUGUUGUAAACAUGGUUCGCCCUAGAAAGUUGCUUCUGAUCGCUAUUGAUGGUGUUGCGCCGCGUGCAAAAAUGAACCAACAACGUUCUCGUCGAUUUCGUUCUGCUCAGGAGGCCAAAGAGAAAGAAGCCGACAAGGCCGAAUUGGCCAAGAUGCUAAAGUCGCAAGGCGGCCGUACUGAAGACGCAGCCGUAAAGAAAGCAUUUGAUUCAAAUGAAAUUACCCCUGGAACGCCGUUUAUGGAUAUUUUAGCAUCAAGUUUACGGUACUGGAUUGCUCUCAAGCUUAAUACUGAUCCAGCUUGGGCAAAGAUGAAGGUUAUCAUCUCCGACUCGACUGUUCCUGGUGAGGGUGAACACAAGAUCAUGGAAUUCAUUAGAUCACAAAGAUCAUCUCCUGACCAUGAUCCCAACACGAGACAUGUUAUAUACGGCUUAGACGCUGAUUUGAUCAUGUUGGGUCUAGCAACUCAUGAACCACAUUUCCGUGUAUUGCGAGAAGACGUCUUUGCACAAGACUCCAAGCCACGAACCUGUCACAUGUGUGGUCAAGCUGGCCAUGAGGCACGAGAGUGCACAGGUCAGGCUAAAGUGAAGGAUGGAGACUUCGACGAGAAAGAUAGUGCUCCUGCCCUGAAGCCUUUCAUCUGGUUGCAUGUCUCCAUCCUGCGCGAGUAUCUCGAGGCAGAGCUUUAUGUUCCUAGUCAACCUUUCAGGUUUGACCUUGAAAGAGCACUAGAUGAUUGGGUUUUCAUGUGCUUUUUUGUUGGAAAUGAUUUCUUGCCACAUCUUCCUAGUCUCGAGAUCCGAGAGAAUGGUAUUGACACACUGAUUGCAAUUUGGCGUGACAACAUUCCUUUCAUGGGCGGUUAUCUUACCAAGGACGGACACGUUGACCUGGAGCGAGCCCAACUUAUCCUUGAAGGACUUGCCAAGCAAGAAGAUGCCAUUUUCCGCCGUAGAAAGGAGACCGAAGAUAGAAGAGAAGCCGGAGCAAAGAGAAGGAAGCUCCAGGCUGAACGUGGCGGCCGUGGUGGACGUGGCGGAGGCCGGGGUGGUCGAGGGGGUGCCCAAGAUUCUCCGUCGGAAGGUCGAACAACAGGUAGGCACAACGAUGCUCCCGUUGGUCUUCCAUUGUUUGCUCCAGGUGCCGGCGAUAUUUCUCGGGACGUGCGGACAAUGACUCACGACAUGGCGGUUAAUCGAGGUGCUAUUUACAAAGCGAAUCUGGCCAACAAGAGUGCUGCUGCAGCUUUAAAAAGCCAAAUCAACAAUUCAGCUACGGAUGAAGAGGCUGCAAACCCAUCUGCCGAGGCGUUUCAGGAGUCGCCGGCUUCUGCCCUUGGAAAGCGUAAAGCUGACUUGAUGGAGGAUGGAGAUACCAGUACUCCAGGUUCAAGUACGCCUCAGCCUGGCACGCCAAGUACCCCCACCGACGAACCGCCAGUUGACAAUGUCCGCCUCUGGGACGAAGGCUAUGCCGAUCGGUAUUACUCUCAAAAGUUCGAUGUCCACCCAAGCGACAUUGAGUUUAGACAUAAAGUCGCAAGAGCAUACGUGGAAGGAUUGGCCUGGGUUCUACUCUAUUAUUUCCAAGGCUGCCCAUCCUGGGACUGGUACUACCCGUAUCAUUAUGCACCUUUCGCAGCGGAUUUCGUUGACCUCAAAGAUAUGACAAUCAGUUUCAAUAAAGGUCGCAUUUUCAGGCCCUACGAACAACUCAUGGGAGUGUUACCUGCGGCUUCGCGCCAAGCCAUUCCACCAGCCUUCCACGAAUUGAUGACCAAUCCGGACAGCGAAAUUAUUGAUUUCUAUCCUGAGGAUUUCGUUGUUGACCUCAAUGGCAAGAAGUUUGCGUGGCAGGGAGUGGCACUGCUGCCAUUCAUUGAUUCUGAACGCUUGCUGCAAGCCAUGGCGAAGGUCUACCCGACCUUGGCUCCUGAUGUGGCAGCUAGAAAUGUAGUUGGCAAAGACGCACUACUCAUUGCUGAAGCGCAUGAGGAAUUGUACUCUCACGUUGCCGCCAAAUUUUACUCGAAGAAGCAAGGCGACUCCGUUGUCAAAUUAGACCCCCGUGCCAGUGAAGGUUUGACUGGAAUAGUGGAAAAGAAUGAAGCUCAUAUCCCACAUAGCUCGCUCUCUUUCCCGCUUAGCGAUGCCAUGCCGAGCCUCGACGACGAUCGGUCUAUCAGUGUCCAUUAUGAAAUGCCAAAAUCAAAACAUGUCCACAAGUCCAUGUUGUUGCGAGGAGUCCAGUUUAAGCCACCUGCUCUAAAUGCCAGUGAUAUUGAGCAAACUAAGAGCAAGGCAGCCAAGUCGGGUCGUUCACAUGGGGGCGUGCCAUUGAAGGGGGAUGGCAGGGGUCGUAAUUCAUUCAAUUAUGCUGGUGGCAACCAGUCGAACCACCAUCAAGGAGGCUACGGACAAAACAAUCGCCCAGCUAACAACUCUUAUAAUAAUGGCUACAGCAAUACACCGUACUAUCCUCCACCACCACCCGGCUCUGGAUGGGCGCCUCCCGCUCCUGGAAUGGGAGGUUUUGGCAGCGGCCCUCCUCCUCCACCGCCACCUGGUUAUGGAUAUAAUGGACCUGCCCAUAUUCCAGGACCUCCAGGUUAUUCGCAGCCUCCCCCACAGCAAUACGGCUACGAUGGUCGGCCUAAUAACGGCAACGGUAGUUAUGGUGGUCAACGUUACAACGGCGGCUCACAUCGUGGCGGAGGUGAAUCAUAUCGGGGAUCAUAUAGAGGCAAUGAUGGCUAUCGCGGCCAUCGUUGA